ACACGCAUGCGUCCUGGAUCUCCGGGCAGGCAGCGGGAUGUAGCGCCGCUGCUGUGGCUCAGUGCGCCCCGAGCAUCCAGAGCGCACGGUUACAAUGAGCUUCCCCAUCGGUCCGACUGAGAGCCAGCGUCAGUACCGACAUCCCAGCAGCAGACACACCGCCACAGACACCAGCUCCGUCCGCCCGCAGCAGGAUGCCCGGGGGAAAGAGAGGGCUUGUGGCACCGCAAAACACUUUUCUGGAGAACAUAGUCCGGCGUUCAAGUGAGACCAGCUUUCUCCUGGGAAACGCCCAGAUCGUGGAGUGGCCCAUAGUUUACAGUAAUGACGGAUUCUGCAAGCUGUCUGGCUUCCACAGAGCCGAGGUCAUGCAGAAGAGCAGCACAUGCAGUUUUAUGUACGGAGAGCUGACAGACAAGAAGACCAUCGAUAAAGUCAGACAGACGUUCGACAAUUAUGAAUCUAACUGCUUUGAAAUCCUGCUGUACAGAAAGAACAGAAGUCCUGUUUGGUUCUACAUGCAAGUGGCUCCCAUCAGGAAUGAGAAUGACAAGGUGGUGCUGUUCCUCUGCACUUUUAAGGACAUUACCCUCUUCAAGCAGCCCAUCGAAGAUGAAACUACUAAAGGAUGGACCAAAUUUGCACGGCUCACACGUGCACUCACCAACAACCGCAACACGCUACAGCAACUGGCGCCUAUUGGCAAACAUGAAGUCAGCCAUAAACAGUCCAGACUGGCUGAGGUUUUGCAGCUAAACUCUGACAUCCUCCCGCAGUACAAGCAGGAAGCUCCCAAGACACCACCUCACAUAAUACUUCACUACUGCACCUUCAAGACCACUUGGGACUGGGUUAUCCUCAUCCUCACCUUCUACACGGCCAUCAUGGUGCCCUACAAUGUCUCUUUUAAGACCAAGCAGAACAACAUUGUUUGGCUGGUGCUAGACAGCGUAGUCGACGUCAUCUUCCUGGUGGAUAUCGUUCUAAACUUCCACACCACCUUCGUGGGGCCCGGCGGAGAGGUGAUCUCCGACCCCAAACUCAUUCGGAUGAACUAUUUGAAGACUUGGUUCGUCAUCGACCUGCUGUCGUGCCUGCCCUAUGACAUCAUCAAUGCCUUUGAGAAUGUGGAUGAGGGCAUCAGUAGCCUGUUCAGCUCUCUGAAGGUGGUCCGCCUGCUGCGUCUGGGCCGGGUAGCCAGAAAAUUGGACCACUACCUGGAGUACGGUGCUGCAGUUCUGGUCCUCCUGGUCUGUGUGUUUGGACUGGUGGCUCACUGGCUUGCCUGCAUCUGGUACAGCAUCGGAGACUACGAAGUUAUCGAUGAAGCCACCAACACCAUCAAGAUGGACAGUUGGCUUUAUCAGCUGGCUAUCAGCAUUGGAUCGCCUUACCAAUACAAUGCCAGCGGUUCUGGAGAAUGGGAGGGCGGCCCUGGCAAGGAUUCUCUGUACAUCACGUCGCUGUAUUUCACCAUGACCAGCUUGACGACCAUUGGAUUUGGAAACAUUGCCCCCACCACAGACGGAGAGAAGAUCUUUUCUGUGGCGAUGAUGAUGGUGGGAUCUCUGCUUUAUGCCACCAUCUUUGGAAAUGUGACCACCAUUUUCCAACAGAUGUAUGCCAACACCAAUCGCUACCAUGAGAUGCUCAACAAUGUCAGGGAUUUCCUGAAACUCUACCAAGUUCCCAAGGGUCUAAGUGAGAGAGUGAUGGACUACAUCGUCUCCACCUGGUCCAUGACCAAAGGCAUCGACACGGAAAAGGUCUUAUCCAUCUGUCCCAAGGACAUGCGGGCCGACAUCUGUGUCCAUCUCAACAGGAAGGUGUUCAAUGAACAUCCAGCAUUCAGGUUAGCUAGUGAUGGCUGCCUGCGCUCACUGGCAGUGGAGUUUCAGACCACCCACUGCGCACCAGGAGACCUGAUCUUUCACGCCGGGGAGAGCGUUGACACCCUCUGUUUCGUGGUGUCGGGGUCACUGGAGGUCAUCCAGGACGAUGAAGUCAUUGCCAUCUUAGGAAAAGGUGACGUGUUCGGAGAUGUCUUUUGGAAAGAAACCACUCUUGCACAUGCGUGUGCAAAUGUUAGAGCACUUACCUACUGUGACCUCCACGUCAUCAAGAGGGAAGCUUUGCUCAAAGUUUUGGAGUUUUACAGUUCCUUCGCCAACUCUUUCUCCCGCAACCUCAUCCUCACCUGUAACUUGCGCAAGCGGAUAAUUUUCCGCAAGAUCAGUGAGGUGAAAAAGGAGGAGGAGGAGAGACAGCGAGCGAAGAACGAGGUACAGCUCACCAUCCCACAGGACCAUCCUGUCCGGAAACUUUUCCAGAAGUUCAAGCAGCAGAAGGAGCUCCGCAACCAAGGAGCCGCAGCUGCCUCGCAACUGGACCUGGAGAAGAACCAGCUGCAGGUGGAGCACCACCAGCACCUGCAUCCCCACACCCUGCAGCUCGGCCACUCCAGUCUGCAGCACUCCCUGCCACUCACCCUGCAGCGGCCCCUCACCUCCAUGCAGAACGGGGCUCCACCCAGCAGCAGCGUUCUGACUGUGUCUCAGGUCACACCCAUGCAGAGCUCUCUGGCUUACGGCCAUCCCAGCGAGGCACCUGCAAAGCAGAACAACUGUGACAUCAUGGAGCUGCAACCCAGUUCUGCUGGAGGGGGCAGCGAGCAAACUGUCAGGCUCAAAGUCAGCACGAGCCCUGCGCUUGCAAAGCCGGCCGCCAAGGCGAGUGGCUGGAUGCGCCUCAAAAACAACAUGGCUCCGGCAGAGACGAGGAAGGAGGGUCUUAACAACAAUGUCAAGGCUGUUUCCGUGGAGAUGCUCUCUCAGGACGGUAAAGGUCGGGAAGCAGGGGGGAGCAGGGAUGGAGAGGAAGGUGGGGUCUCCAGCAACAACCCACUUCGCAAGACGGACUCAUGUGACAGUGGAAUCACUAAGAGCGAGCUGCGCAUUGACCGAGCAGGGGAGCCGCGGACCCCAGCGGCAGUUACCCCACUUCUCCACAGCCCUCUUCCCGGAGGAGUGGGGUCCCCUCACUCUUUCUGCCCCAUACCGGAACAGGCCCUGCAGGCCGCAUUGCACGAGACCCGGAUGGAGCUCCGGGGGGACAUCCAGACUCUGGGAGGCCGUCUGGGCGCCCUGGAGAGUCAGGUAGCUGAAAUUAUCAAACUGCUGUCGGAUAAGAGACAGCCGUCCACGGGGGCGCCACCUGCCUCUGCAACACCCAAAACCAAAAUACAACGGCAAGACAUUUUCACCGUCUCCAGGCCCGUUUCUCCAGACUCAGAGAAGGACGAUGGGCUCUGAAGAGAGCUGAACCAGCGGUGCAGAGUGCGCAUUGGACUAACAGAGAUUAUAUUAACAUUAGCUCUAUCAAUUCAAGGUUACUCACAUUUUUGGGCAUCCUCUUGGACUCUCGUACACCGCUGGUCUCAAUUUCCAAUUGGAAAAAAAAAACUGGCUUCUUGUUUGCACACUGAUUUUUUUGUCUCCCGGUCAUGUGGGAGUCUUUACUCUCCAGUGACCCGGACUCUGUUUUCUUUUUGAUUGUACAUACCUCUCUAUGCAUGUCCAGCUGGAUUCUGGCCUGCCAAAGAAACAACUACUAAACGUACUUAUUGCCUGUAUAUUAUGCAGUUGACUGCAUGCAAAUAAGAUUCAAAGAGACAUUUUAUUGAGCUACACUGUACAUAUAAAUAUUUUUCAUUGAUGAAUUUACUAUGUGGACAUUCAGGGUUUGCAUACUAGUAGCACUAUAAACAUUGAAUAUCUCAAAGGGUUUACAGGCAGUUGGAUUGUGCAUGGAUUAUUUAUACAUAGAGAAGUCAUAAAGGGACAGAGGUUUUGUUUCAUUUCUUUUGCCUGUCAGAUGAAGCAGAUGUUUGAUUCUGUUCUCACGCCACAGAGAUGCUCGGAUGUGAGGAUCAGCAUCUGUUAAAACAGGGAGGGAAAUUUCUGAUAUGUUUUUUUUAAUAUAUAUAUAUAUAUAAUAAUAAUAAUCAUUGAUUUCUAUUUUUGAUUACAGAAAUGCCCUUGGCCUCAGUUUGAUAUCUGGUAAACCCUGAAAAAUGCUUGUUUUGUUUGAGCCCUUCUUGUGUCUAUGCAUCGCUCGGGUACGCCGCCAGAAUAUUGUACCUUUGUAAUCUCGUUGAUGAAUGAUUUUUUUUGUUUUGUUUUCUUUUGGUUUUUUGUUCCAUUCCUCUGCAUGAAUCAGGGAUGGCAGAAUGCACUUUUGGGUAAAGUUGGGGUGACAAGAAGGCUUUAGGGAAAUAACACAGUUCACGCAAAAGUCCACUCAGCACAGUGACAUGUAAUCCCACGGCCCCAGCGACACACACGGCAGUCUUAACCAGCUAGCGUCUCUCUCUGAAGUCUGCUCUGAAUUCCAUUAAGCAGCAACAGCUUUGCCUCAAAGCUAGCAAGUAAUAAACAUGGAAUAGUGUACUUUCUAUGAUAUCAUUUUUUGUAAAAAAUCUGCAUGCGAAGGAGCAGUUUUAUGCUCCGCAGUGCUUACAAAUACACGUGUGAGAAGUGACACAUUUGCUUCAAACAUGCAGUGUGAAGGCGUCUCGUGGUGUGAACCCUGAAGGCUCGCAAAGACCUUUUCUUCACAGAAGGCAGAUCAGUCGGUUUGUCAGAAGUCACGGUCUUUUCAGGUCCUCUAUGAAUCGGAUGAUUCCCUCCUCCUACCAGCGCUCGUUCCCUGAAAACACACACACACACACACACACACACACACACACACACACACACACACACACACUCUCAGAAUCAUAUUUAAUAAGACAAUGUUAAGAACACAAAUGUACAGUAGCCAUCAUGAAAGUUUCAUAAACUUUUAUUUUCUGGUGGCUAUAUCAAAUGAAUAGCUGAAUGAAUAAUAAGUUAAAUAGUGAACAGUAGUAAAUAUGCCAAAAAGUAAAGAAUUAGAUUCGAAAUGGAGGAUUUUGCAGUUUGUCCUCUGCACAGUGAAUGGUUUGGUUUAAUCACAAGAACCUGUUUUGAUGCUGCUGCAAAGUAUCUUCUAAGACUAUAGUGGUCAAAUCCAACAGCUAGACAGUUGGAUAAAAAACAAUUAAUUCUUAUUUUAUUUAUAAAGCAUCAAAUCACAACAACAGCCACCUGAAGGCGCUUUAUAUUGUAAGAUAAACCCUAUAAUAAUACAGAGAAAAUCUCAACAAUCACUUAACUGCCUAUGAAACAAGCACUUGGUGACAGUAGGAAGGAAAAACUCCCUUUUAGCAGGAAGAAACCUCUGGAUGUCGCUUCCUCUGCCCAGAGAGCGACAGCCAUCUGCUGCAACCAGUUGGGAGUGAAGGGAGGGCAACAGGACAAAAAAAGAGAUAAUCUGUUAUAUUUCCUUUUUCAAAAGAGUGGACAGGUGUGGAAACUGCUUUUACAAGAAAUCUAACGACAUAAAAAGAAACUCCUUCUAACCCUAUGCCAUAACCUUCCAAGCCAUUCAGUCAUUCCAGGCUUUGUUGAGCCAAGGUUAAGGCAUAGGGUUGAAAGGGAUUCAUGGUUAUGUCAUAAGUUCUCUUGUAGAUUUCCUGCUGCUGAAGGCUAAAUCAGUCCUUAGAGGGAACCUGCAUGCAAUUAUUUCUAUAUCAUAUUAAAAUCAAUCCUCUCAAUAUUUAACCUCACUUUACAUCUUUGCUGAGUUUCUGAGCAGAGAAGGUAAUCUCUCUAAUCUCCCAUUUGAACAAAUAGGAGUACAAGCCCUAAAGAUGUCUUCCAGGAGGCUGUCAGGAACAAAUCUUACCUCUUUGGAUUCACAUUAACCAGACUAAUGCGUCACACUGAACUUGAUUGACUGUCAGAAUGUCAGGGCAAUUCAAACUGCUGAUCCAGGAAAUCAACAGAUCAGACAAAUUAGUAGCUUUGGCAAAACACCAAGCAGAUACAUCUAAACGCAAGUUCCAAAGGGAUCCCCCUUCACUGUUGACAUAAAACAUGUAGUCUAGAAAGUGGUGAAAUGUAAUCAAUUGUUACUCUAUGGAUGAAUGUACACUGCUUGAUUUGUGAAGUCAAAGUGACCAGUAUCAAGAAUUCUAACAAAGCAGAACCUAGAUGCCUUUCAGUGGUGCUAUUGGCACCAUGUCUUCUUUCUGUUCUCACACCUCAUCUCUGCCCCCUUUGCAUGCCGUUAGGAUUCACUGCAGAAAUUUAAACCAUCAUGACUACACAAACUGACAUAGUGACCAUUUCAGAAGACAAAUAUUGUGCUGUCUGAUCUUGACUGACAGCCAUGCUUAAAAAAUAAUAAAUUAAGGUAUGUUUUGCUAUAAUUUUAAUGAGCCCAGUUACAACUCUUGAUUUUUAUUCUGGAGAAACUUCACCAAAACAACAGUGUCAUUUUUGGUGCAGCAGAAAUGAAACAUUUAUUCUGAAUGUUCCUGCCAUUUCUCAUGAUUAUAGGUGUGCAGGCUCAUUCAGAUUAAUUUCUCUCUGUUCUCUACAGGCAGAAAAAUAAUGAGAAAUUAUAACUUUAUGAUGCUAAUUGGCAUAAAAUCACUGUAGUCCGAGUUAGACAUUAGAUUUCUGUCACGACAUGCUAAUCAGGUUGUUCAAUUUGGAAAGAAUACAGUUUUAAUGGCUGCAGUUAUGCAAAUGACAACAUUUAAUUUAAAUUGGAAAUUCAUCCUGUCAGCACAGGCCCAUUCCCUCUACCAACAUUUUUUUUUCCACUCACACUUGGUCACUUGCCAUGGCGGGCCAUAUUCUCUGUGCUUCAGGCCGCUAAGCAGAUCCCCUGCUGGAAUCAGCAGCAAGUGCCUUGCUCAGGGGAAACGCAGCAGCAUUUUCAGUCAACUUGGCUCCAGUGAUUGUUGCAGAAAUCAUUUUCAAUGAUGGUUACCAAUGGAUGUGUGUACAUGCCAGUGUGCUUCACGUCACUUAACACUUGUAGUGAAUCUCACCCAGAGCUAUGCAAACAAUUGAUCUCUAUGGUUUCUUCUUUCUUCUGCAGUGUGAUAGGUCAUAGAGAUGAUAGAUAGGUAAGCCAGGAUUAGAGUAACUAUUCAAAGUAUAUCCAUCAAGUGGUAUUUACAUUGAUCUCUUGCUUCACCACAAAAUGUGACACUAAUCAAAUGAUCUAACCCAGUUUUUAUUGUAAGGGAAGAAAGUGAAUUAAUUGGUUUGGAAGCUCGUUACCCGCAAUCAUAUGCACUGAUGAGUUCUCAUGUUACAAACUGGUGAAACACUCACACACUUGAAAUUUGGACAGGAGAUCUUGAAAACAAUCUUCUCUCAAGCCAAAGGCUACAUCCCACAUAUUGGCCUGCAUAUAUUCAAAGUUCUCCAACUGAAGCUGUGAAAUUCCGUUUAAGAUCUAUUUUUGUUCACACUUUGCACCGUGCAUGGUGAGGCCUACCAAACAAGCUUAUUUAGCCACAGUAACAUAGUACAAGACAAAAAUACACUGCGGUCAUUAAUGUUUGUGGAUCUGCAGAUGGUAGUGUGUGAAAGGGUUUUGUAGUUUGACCAACUGGGCAUGACUCACUGUGACUUUACCCCCACCUCACACUCAUCUAGCAACAAAGACUCUUCUUUGGAAAUGUUAAAAGCUUUUUAGGAAACUAGGAAAUCACUUACUGACACAGCAGGAGGAGGAGUGAGUGCAGCAGUAAAAUUAAUUACUCAAUAGUUCUCAGAAAGCACCAAACAUCCCAGAUUUUUUGUCUUCUUAAGUCUAGGGAGAAUCUCAAAGACUUAUGUUUUGUCAGAUGUUAUCAUAUUAUAGUUUAUAACAAAAAUAAAGCCACAAUACAAGACAAACUCCUUAGAAACAUUUUAAGAUAUUAAAAGGAUCAUUUCUUUAAAUUCGUGGCUGUGGAGGAGACUAAUACGUUUUCACAAAAAUGACAUGAGAUCAAUGUCACAUACUCGUGUUUGGAGGAUAUUAUAUGCUGUUUUUCUCUACCUGAAGGCAACAGUAGUAAUCACUUGUUACAACCCAGGUGAGCUGAUAAACAUCUCUGAAUGGACAAUGUGUUGAACCUUGAAGCAGGUGAAUGCUUGGAUUCAUCCUACCUUGUAUGAACAUUUCAGGCUAGUAGCGGUGUUGGUGGUGGAAGGGUGUAGGGGGUAUUUUCUUUGCACAUUUUGGGCCCUUUAGUAUGAAUAUAGCAUCAUGUUAAUGUCAACACCCUACCUAUGUUGUUGCUGACCGUGUCCAUCCCUUUAUAAUCAGUGUAGCCAUCUCCUGAUGGCUGCAGGAUAACGGGCAGUAGAUUCACACAGUAAUGGUAUCAAGUCAAUAUGGGUGAGAAGCUCUGAGGCAGGAAGGAUUAAGGCUGUUUAAAAGGCAAAAGUAGGUCUGACAUGGUGUGUCGGUCAGGGCAUGAUCUUUUUCUAAAACCAAGUGUAUUAGUUGCCUAAACCUAACCAAACAACAAGCGAAUAUCUCGUUGAAGUCCGAAACAAAAUGGAAGAAAAAAAAAAUACCCCAGUUUCUUAUCUUUUCUGUCAGAGUAUCACAAAGAUGUCAUGUUUGUACUCGUUCCACAUGGAGUUCAAAUUAAAAUGAACUGUGUCAUUAAAAUUUAGCUUUACCAGGAAGACAUAGUGGCUUUAGAGUGUCAAUCCAAACUUCUGCAAAAGUGCUAAUCAGAUCAAUCCACCAUGAAGGUUUCUUUUUGUAAUUUUUCAUUAAAAACCAUGUAUUGGUCUAUGUGUUCUCUAUAAACAGACACAUAUCGACUUUUUAUAGUUUCCUUGUAGUCCAGGUACUACAGACCUACAGAGGGUCUGAGCACGGUCUGGUUUUAUGCAGGUAAACAUGGAGUCAACAGUUUAGAAACCAUCAGCUGCCAUUUAAUGAUGGUUUAGCUUUUUGCAAGUACUUAAAAAUGUACUUGUAUUUUGUAAACAAUGCAAACAAUGAUCAGCAGACGGAACAGGAAGUCUUGACCUGGAUGCAAAGCUCAAAAUAUUGGUUUCCAAUUGGUUGUCUGUUUUUCACACAGCAGCAAGUCUUAAGACAAGCCUGUGAGCACCUUGGAAGUGCUAAGUAAGAUCAAGUUUGAAGAAGUAACCCUAAAUUUUGCAUUAGCAAUACUGCUAUUCUGUCCUCAGACAUAAAAAUCAUCCCCUGAGUAGUUGCAGUACAUGAUGAGGUGCAGGACAGGGGGCCUCACAGGAGAACUUGCAGCACUGGAUCGGGUUUGAGAGCUUUCCUGUCAGCGAAUUUGCCUGAAACUUUACGGCUUGUGUGAGGAGAAACAGGCAGCAGUGUCCUCGUCCUCUGCUUUAUUAAUUUGACAAGAGAGUGAAGGGCAACUCUGUGAUCUGAGGCCUAUAUACACACAGACACACACACCUACACACAAACCUUUCAGCACAGGAUUUUUCGGCUUUGCCGCUUGAAUGUACAAACCCCCCUCCACCCCCACCCCCACUCCAAAUACUGUCCCCUCUCUGCGCUCUGAGAAUUUCAUCUGGAGUAGGGAUGGAAGUUUUUCCUUUCUCUCUUCUUUUCUUUUUAUUUCUGGAAAAAAUGUUUUGCUUUUCUCUACUUUUUGAAAGCGUCCCUUUUCUGCGUCUUUUGCCUUGAACCUGAUAGGAGGUCCUGCUCUGUCUCACUUCUUUUUCCUGGGAGCACCUUGGUUUUUUAAAAUUGUAAUAUUUAUUUAUUUAUUUUUUGUCAUUUUAGGUCUCCUACACCUUCACACUUCUGAUCCUCCAUUCCCUCUCCCUUCUCCCACUCACAUAACCCCAACUCGCUCCCUUCAGCAUGUUGAUGAAGCACCGUCUUCUUUGUCGUGCCGACUGACUGACAAACCAUAAACGCGCCAAUCUUGGGAUGGGCGGGCACGACCGAGGGGCCUCAUUUAUUAAAAUUAUCCUUUGGUUUGUAUUCGAUUCUGCGUAGUGCAUCCGAGAUGACUCAAAAAGAAAUGGAAGUCAUUUCUCGGAGAGUGAUAGAAUUGUUUUUUAUCUUUUCACUUAUCGACACAACUUGCAGACUUUUCUCACCUGAAUUAGUUUUUCAUCAAUCUCACCUUUAGCUCAAACUUUGGAUCCUUUUAAUAAAUGGGGCCCACUAGAAAAGCUUUUCUAUUUUUUUCUGCUGGAAUGUUUUCAAUUUCUACUGUAUUGUUGAAGCAGUGGUAUGAAACAGCACUGGAUUCCCACACUGACUCAUGUAUUGUUUUGCAGUUGCACACCUAAACUGUAGUGUCAGAAUAAUAAACAUCCGUCUGGGAUACUCUCGCUGG